CUCCUUCUGGGUUCAUGCGUCUCGUUUUAUGAACCGCAUCGUCACCGCCACCCAGAGCCUGAAGGCGGUACUUGUCUGAAUGACUGAGGUGACCAAAGGUAUAGUGGCCACCUGUUGUCAGGACACUCGCUGGUGAGUGGUCAGAGGUGCUUUGACUUCGCUGAACUGACAGAAAACACAAACCUGCAGCAAUGUCUAGGUGGCUGAAUGACGAUGAAGUGUUGGUCGGUCAAGGCAGUGGUGAGACUGUAGCAAUGAGCCCCAGACUACGGGGUCUUCAAGGUCUUCAAGGUGGAAGCCCAAGGCUGAGCCGGGGACACCACUCACCGACUUUAUCCAGAGAGACGAUGACAGCAAGCCCGCAGGGAGAGACCAUGGGAAAGGCCAAGGAGCUGUUUCUGCUUUGUGACAAAGAGGGGAAAGGCUUCAUCACAAAGCGGGAUAUGCAGAGGCUACAAAUGGAGCUGCCGCUGUCUCCCGAACAGCUGGAGACAGUGUUUGAUAGUAUGGACAGAGAGAGCAAUGGAUUCCUUACUCCUAUCGAGUUCAACACAGUGCUUGGGGAGUUGGUGGAUCUGGAGGACUCGACUGAGUUGAGUCAAGAUGAAGCAGGGGAGGCUUCAGAUCAGGUGGACUGGUUCCAGGAUGCUGCUGCUGGUGGAUGUGUGAACAUACUUAUGGAGCUGGGUGCUGACAAAUUGUUGGAAGAUCAGCAGGAGCUCUGUUCUCUGUGGCGUGAGCUCCAGAAAGAAAGACCAGAGCUGCUGAGUGUCCUGGAAAAUGUCCUGGUCCACACAGUGUCCCGCCUACAGGAUGCUAUCAGAGAGAGGGACUGUCUGGAGCAAGCGUUAUGCAGACGAGAGCGUGAACACGAUCAAUUUGUUCGGACCAUAUAUGAAGAAAUGGAAAAUCAACACAAAGAGGACAGACAGAGACACCAGGUCCAGGACAACAUCAAACAGAUGCAAAGAGGACAGCAUCUUCAGGAGGAGCUGAAGAUGCGAGAACAAGAGCUGGAGGUUACACUGAACAAACAGAAAGAGCUGGAGACCAGAAUCCGGCAGUUGACCUGUGAGCAGGCAAACUUUAAGGAGCAGAACCAGCAGCUGCGGAGCCUCAACAUCCAGCUACAGGAGCACGUGGAAACCACCAGACAGCAGCUGCAGGUUGCUCUGGGUCAACUCAGUCUGCUGCAGCUCAAUGAUGCCCAGGAACAGUCAGCCAGACAGAGAAAUGUGAUGAGGGUCUCAAGGAAUAUUCAAAAAGAAAAGGAGAGCCUCUUAAGGCAACUGGAGCUGUUGAGGGACAUGAACAAAAGGCUGCGAGAUGAGAAAGAUGCCCAGCAGACUCAGAAGAGGAAUCCAAUUGUCACAAAGGUUUUGCAGAAGCAAGGCUCAAUCAUAGGUAACUACUUACUACAAGAGAAGCCACUGAAAAGACAGCUGAACUCACCCAAUGAGUUGGAACAGGACAAAGACAAAGUGGCGACAAAUGCAUACCAGAAACACCAACUGUCAUGUAGUGUCAGGUGUGAAAAUGUUGAACAGACUCAAAUUCAGAGCAACAUUGUCAGUCCUCAGCGAGUGUUCAAGGUGGUAUUCUUGGGUAGCUCGGGUGUGGGUAAGAGCUCCUUCAUCCAACACUACUGCACUGGGAGCUUCUUGAGUAAUUUGAAUGCUACUGUUGGGAUGGAUUUUCAGAUGAAGAGAUUAACUCUGGGCUCCAUCACCAUCACCUUGCAGCUUUGGGACACUGCAGGACAGGAGAGGUUUCGCAGCAUCACUGAGCAGUACUACCGAAAGGCUGAUGGCGUCCUUGCCAUGUAUGACAUCACUCACUCCCCCUCCUUCACGGUGGUGAGAGGAUGGAUAGACUCUGUGAAGGAGAAGAUGAGUGAAGGUGCUGUCUUAAUGCUGCUGGGGAACAAGCUGGACCUGGAGGACCGAACUGGCAGAGAAGUGGAAACAGAGGAUGGGCGGAGGCUGGCUGAGCAACACCAAGCUUUGUUUUACGAGUGCAGUGCCAAAACGGGUUGUAACGUGGAGGAGCUGAUGGCUCACCUGGCAAGGAUGUUGGUGGCUCAAGAUGACCAACAUUAUGUAAAUGCACUUUUACUGACUGAGGAAACGUCUAAAAAAGGCUGCUGCACAUAGACAGAAGAGGAAAGACUUCUGAUUAACACUCUAAAAAUGUCGAUGGGCUGGGGGCAGACAUGUACUGUAUAAAGCUGGUGAGGGCCGAGCUGCCUGCUGUGCCAAAAGAGGAGCGACACUCAGAC